UUUCAUCCAGUCGGAUGGCAUAAUAGAAAUGCUUCGUUUUGAUGAAGGAGACCUAUUGCAGACUGAGACAACUAUAGGCCUCAGUUCAUAUCAACAGAAAAGUGUAUCCCUGUAUCGGGGAAAUUGUCGACCUCUCCGGUUUGAGCCACCAAUGCUGGAUUUCCAUGAACAGCCAGUUGGAAUGCCAAAAAUGGAAAAAGUUUACCUACAUAACCCUAGCUCAGAAGAAACAAUUACAUUAGUAUCAAUAUCUGCUACAACGUCACAUUUUCAUGCGUCAUUUUUUCAAAAUAGGAAAAUUCUUCCAGGAGGGAAUACGUCCUUUGAUGUAGUUUUCCUCGCAAGAGUAGUGGGAAAUGUAGAGAACACUUUAUUUAUUAAUACAUCUAAUCAUGGGGUAUUUACGUAUCAGGUGUUUGGCAUUGGAGUACCAAACCCCUAUCGAUUGCGCCCAUUUAUUGGGGCACGAGUUCCUGUAAAUAGCAGUUUUUCUCCUAUAAUAAAUAUACAUAACCCUCACAGUGAACCUUUGCAGGUGGUAGAAAUGUAUUCUAGUGGAGGUGAUCUUCAUUUAGAGCUUCCAACAGGUCAGCAAGGAGGUACAAGGAAGCUAUGGGAAAUACCUCCCUAUGAAACAAAAGGAGUGAUGAGAGCCAGCUUUUCCUCAAGAGAAGCAGAUAAUCAUACAGCCUUCAUUAGAAUAAAAACAAAUGCCUCAGACAGCACAGAAUUUAUCAUUCUCCCUGUUGAAGUAGAAGUUACAACAGCACCAGGAAUAUAUUCAUCAACAGAAAUGCUAGAUUUUGGUACACUACGAACACAAGAUCUGCCAAAAAUUUUAAAUCUGCAUUUAUUAAAUUCAGGAACAAAAGAUGUGCCAAUUACAAGUGUUAGACCUACACCACAAAACGAAGCUAUAACAGUACAUUUCAAGCCAGUUACGUUAAAAGCCUCUGAAAGUAAAUAUACCAAAGUUGCAAGUAUUAGCUUUGAUGCAUCAAAAGCAAAAAAAGCAUCACAGUCUUCUGGGAAAAUAACUGUUAAAGCAAAAGAGAAGAGCUACUCCAAACUUGAAAUACCAUAUCAAGCAGAAGUGUUGGAUGGAUAUUUAGGAUUUGAUCAUGCUGCCACACUCAGUGACAGUGCUGCUGAUUCCGUGGAAAGACCGAUCUAUCUGACAAACACAUUCAGCUUUGCAGUCCUUAUACAUGAUGUUCUGUUACCAGAAGAAGCAAAACCAAUGUUUAAAGUCCAGAACUUCAGCAAACCAGUCUUAAUUCCACCUAAUGAAUCCAGAUAUAUUUUUACACUUCAUUUUAUGCCUUCCACAUCAACUGUUCAUAUAGAUAACAAUAUUUUACUUAUCACCAAUGCUUCUAAAUUUCACCUACCUGUCCGAGCAUACACAGGAUUUUUAGAUUACUUUGUACUGCCUCCAAAAACUGAGGAACAAUUUAUAGAUUUUGGCAUAUUGAGUGCAACAGAAGCUACCAGCAUUUUAUUUGCAGUCAUCAACAGCAAUCCCAUAGAGCUGGCUAUAAAAAGUUGGCAUAUUAUAGGGGAUGGUUUGGCCAUAGAACUUCUAACAACUGAAAAGGGAAACAGAACGACAAUAAUUGCAAACCACCAUGAGCUACAACAUGCUAGUGCAUCCGAUCAGUCUUCAGUCAUACUAGCAUCAGGUUAUUAUGCUGUGUUUAGAGUAAAACUAAUAGCGAAAGAACUUGAAGGAAUUCAUGAUGGAGCUGUACAAAUCACGACAGAUUAUGAGAUUUUAACUAUACCAGUGAAAGCAGUGAUUGCUGUGGGCUCGCUGACCUGCUCCCCAAAACAUGUUUUUCUUCCACCUUCUUUUCCAGGGAAAGUAGUUCACCAGAGCCUGAACAUCAUGAACUCCUUUUCUCAGAAAGUGAAAAUACAACACAUACGCUCCCUAUCAGAAGAUGUCAGGUUUUAUUAUAAGAGGCUAAGAAGUAAUAAAGAAGAUUUAGAGCCAGGAAAAAAAUCAAAGAUUGCAAAUAUUUAUUUUGAUCCUGGUUUACAAUGUGGAGAUCAUUGUUAUGUAGGAUUGCCUUUUCUAUCUAAAUCGGAAUCUAAAGUUCAGCACAGCAUAGUAAUGCAAGAAGAUGCCUGGGAUUCUGACUGGGAUUUGCAUGAAAACUUAUUCAAAGAAUGGAGGGAAAUAAAAAAGAACUCAAGCCAUAGACUGAAUGCUGUAUUUGAAGUAGACACAGAUCUUCAGAAGGAUGUCCGGUUGAAAAUUACAGCAGAAAUGGCCUGGCCUUCCAUACUUAGUUCACCACGCCAUCUAAGCUUCCCUCUUACCAAUACAAACAGUUCCUCAGAAGAAGAAAUUUUUCUAGAAAAUCCAGCUGACGUUCCUGUGUAUGUUCAGUUCCUUCCUGUGGCUCUGUAUUCUCACCCAUCCCCCUUUGCUGAUAAACUGUUAGAACGGUUUAAUUUGAGUAAGCCAACUAAUUUCAAUCUGAGGACUCUGGAGUUCCAGGUCUUCAGAAACUCUGUCCAGCCGCUGCAGAGUACUAUAGGACUUACAAAGGGCCUGGCUCGUCAUUCAGUUUUAAGCCUAAUAUUAAAACCUGGUGAGAGAAAGUCUGUCAAAGUAAAGUUCACUCCAGUUCUUAAUAAAACUGUUUCAUCGUUAAUUGUUAUCAGAAAUAAUUUGACUGUAAUAGAUGCCAUAAUGGUACAAGGCCAAGGAACGACUGAGAGCUUGAAGGUUGCAGGCAAACCUCCUGGUCUAGGAAGUUCUUUACGCUUUAAAAUCACAGAAGCAUUAUUAAAAGACUGCUCAGAAAAAAUGAAAUACAAAGAACCGAAUUUCACACUGAGAAGAACGUUUAAAGUGGAAAAUACAGGACAGCUGCAGAUUUAUGUGAAAACUAUGGAAAUCAGUGGCUAUACAUGUGAAGGAUAUGGAUUUAAAGUAGUUAACUGUCAAGAGUUUGCACUAGGUGCCAAUGCCUCUAAAGACAUUGUCAUAUUGUUUACACCUGAUUUCACUGCUUCCAGAGUCAUACGUGAAUUAAAAUUCAUCACUGCAGGAGGCUCUGAAUUCAUAUUUGUCUUGAAUGCAUCCCUUCCAUAUCACAUGUUAGCAACAUGUGCAGAAGCACUACCCAGGCCCAACUGGGAAUUGGCACUAUACAUAAUCAUCUCAGGAAUAAUGAGUGUACUCUUUCUCUUGGUAAUUGGAACAGCCUAUCUAGAAGCUCAAGGAAUUUGGGAGCCAUUUAGGAGACGCUUAUCCUUUGAGGCCUCAAACCCUCCCUUUGAUAUGGGAAGGCCACUUGAUCUCAGGAGAAUAGUUGGAAUUUCACCUGAUGGAAACUUGAAUGCACUUGGAUCAGAUUCUAAUCAUAGUUCAUCCAGAGGGAUCUAUGGACCAGGCAGUUCAACUUCACGAUCCAGUGCAGGGAAUCAUAAACAAUGCAAUGCAACAGCACACCUUCACAGCAAUAGAAAUGCACCUGAUGUUGAAAACAUCAAAUCCAAAACCAGUUCAAGCAUACCUAAUCGGACUUCAGCACAAGCAGCUUCUGUGCAGUCUGUGAACAGAGCAGGUGCCUUUACCUUGGAUUCAGGUGCCACAGCUCAGACUCAUGCCGCAGGCAAAAGAGCUAAGGGGACAAGGCAGAACCAACAGCCGAUGCAGCAGCAGGCACCAGCUUUGGCAGAGCAGCCCCUCCAGCAACCCCCAGCAUCCGGGCCCCAGCAGCAAGACCAACAGACUGAAAGUGCUUUGCCACAGCUACCGCUCCUCAGCCCAACCCAUGGCGAAUGUGCCAGCAGCAGAAGGCACAGCUCGGAGGAUUCAGAUCUCACUGGGCUCAUAGAAGCUAUGGAAAAAGACUUUGACCACCCAGAAUCCCCUUCCCCAGAUGUGUUUACAGAGCAGCCCCCAUCUCCACUAGCAAAAAACAAAGGGAAAGGGAAAACACUUCAGCGCAAGGCUAAGCCACAGAAGAAGCGGGAAGAAAAGGACAGAAGAGGAAAGGGAAAGCAACAGGAGGAUGAACUGAAGGAUUCUUUGGCAGAUGAUGACAGCUCUUCAACCACAACUGAAACCUCCAACCCAGAUACAGAACCACUUCUCAAAGAGGAACCUGAAAAACAAAAGGGAAAAGUUAUACCAGAAAAACCUGAAAAUGAAAUAGUGCAAGUAAAACAGAAAACAAAAAAAUUGCUAACAAAUAACAAGAAAGAAAUCCCUGUAGAUGUGAAAACCAG